AUGAACAGCACGGGGUCCCCGCCAGGGGCCCCCGAGUCCUGCCAGCAGCUGGCGGCCAGCGGGCACAGCCGGCUCAUCGUCCUGCACUACAACCACUCCGGCCGGUUGGCCGGGCGGGGGGGCCCCGAGGAGGCGAGCCUGGGGGUCCUGCGGGGGGUCUUCGUGGCCGUGAGCUGCCUGGUGGUGCUGGAGAACCUCGUGGUGCUGGUGGCCAUCGCGACGCACAUGCGCUCGCGGCGCUGGGUCUACUACUGCCUGGUCAACAUCACGCUCAGCGACCUGCUCGCCGGCGUCGCCUACCUGGCCAACGUGCUGCUGUCGGGCGCGCGCACCUUCCACCUGCGCCCGGCGCACUGGUUCCUGCGCGAGGGGCUGCUCUUCACGGCGCUGGCCGCGUCCACCUUCAGCCUCCUGUUCACGGCCGCCGAGCGCUUCGCCACCAUGGUGCGGCCGGUGGCCGAGCGCGGCGCCAGCAAGCGCGGCCGCGUGUACGGCCUCAUCGGGCUGUGCUGGCUGCUGGCCGGCCUGCUGGGGCUGCUGCCGCUGCUGGGCUGGAACUGCGUGUGCGCCUUCGCGCGCUGCUCCAGCCUCCUGCCGCUCUACUCCAAGGCCUACAUCCUCUUCUGCGUGGGCGUCUUCGCCUGCAUCCUGGCGGCCGUCACCGCACUCUACGGGGCCAUCUUCCGCGUGGUGCGCGCCAACGGCCAGAAGGCGCCGCGCUCGCCGGCCCGCCGCAAGGCCCGCCGGCUGCUCAAGACGGUGCUCAUGAUCCUGGUGGCCUUCGUGCUGUGUUGGGGCCCGCUCUUCGGCCUGCUGCUGGCCGACGUGUUCAGCUCCACCGACUGGGCGCAGCAGUACCUGCGCGGCAUGGACUGGAUCCUGGCGCUGGCCGUGCUCAACUCCGCCGUGAACCCCGUCAUCUACUCCUUCCGCAGCAGGGAGGUGUGCCAGGCCGUGCUGGCCUUCCUCUGCUGCAGCUGCCUCCGGCUGGGCCUGCAGGGGCCCCGGGACUGCCUGGCCCAGGUCGGCGAGGCCCACUCUGCAGCCUCCACCACGGACAGCUCGCUCAGGCCCCGCGACAGCUUUCGGGGCUCGAGGUCGCUCAGCUUCCGGAUGCGAGAGCCCCUGACCAGCAUCUCCAGCGUGCGGAGCGUCUGAGGGGGAGCGUGGGGGGCUCCCCGGGGGAGGCAGGAAAAAGGGCCCCCAGCUGGCGGUGGGUCCCGAGGUCCCACGGUCCCCCUCACAGCGCCUGGGCCCAUGGAGGCCUCCCUGGAGGUCUCCCUGGAGGUCUCCCUGGAGGAGGCGGCUGCUCGCAGGAACGGGGAGGGGCCUGGAGUGGGGGUGAGUGGGUUUGCUAUGAACGCCCCCUCCCCCCACCCCAGCUCCCUUGUGAUUCUGGGGAGUCUCAGUCCCUGCCCAGCCUCGGGGGCGGUGGGGCUGGACAGCCUGGCAACAUGGAAGUUCAAAAACGGUUUGUCCCAGCCUCCCUCUUAUCCACCUGUGGGCUUCAGGGGCGACGGUGUGGGGCCGUGGCUUGGCUGGACACGUGCAAGCACGGGGACCUGUGGCCAGGGAACUGUGAGUCUGUGGGGACUGGGGGUGUGGUUGUGCGGGGCAGCGGCAGGGUGUGGGUGAAUGUGUGUGCGCGAGAGACAGAGAGAGAGAAAGGGAGAAGGAGGGAGGGAGGUGGGCACAGAGUGGGGUGUGUCUGUGUGUGCACAGGUGUGUGAGAGCUGCUGGGGGCUGCCAGGUGGGUCCCCGCCCCCUUGCUCACUUCCCCUUCCCCUUUCCCUCCCCCUUUGCUCAUCUGGGGCCCCUGUGGCCUCUUCCCCAUCUCUGGCCUCUGCCCUAUCAGGGGCCCCAUCUGGGGGCUGACAGAGUCGCAGCUGCCUGGCCCCCUUGGCCUCAGGGGAUCUUGCCCACUCCUCUCCUGUUCCCUUUAGCACUAACUGCCUCAAUCUCCCCUCCUGUGAAACGGGCCGAUCGGGAUCGAUGGACCCCCAUAGCCAGAGGCUGUGGGCACACACUCAGCGCUCGCCGUGGCACAUGGUGUCCUGCAUGUCCGACCAACUUCUGAUGAUGGUAGAUGCUGUCCCCCUUGGACAGCCGUGGUGUGCUUGACAAGUGGCCAGUGCGACUGUUGAGGUGAACUUUGAGUUUUGGUCACGCUUAAAUGGCCCGUGGCACUCGUAGUGACCAUACUGGACGGCACAGGGAUGCACCCUGCACGCACGGCCACCUCUCCUGGUGGAAAGCUCGCUCUCUCUCCCUCCUUCCAGGCAAGCCAGUGCCUGUAAGUCUUGCCUGGGCUUGGGGGGCAGCACCUGGCCCGCCACUUAGGAACGGGACCACUCUUCUCUGAGCCUGGGCUUCUCUGUGUGACGAGGGGCGCGGCGGCCCGGAGCUGUUCGCCGUGCUGGUCGGUCCCGCAGCCACCAACCACGUGUGGCUGCUCACAACGCAGGAAAAUGAAAAGAAAUACAAAACACUCACCUUCUUGGUGCAUUGGUCGGCUGGAGGUGCCACAUCUCAGAGCCAUAGAACAGGUGACUGGACAGAAAAGGGUCCUCUCGCGGUCCUGGAGGCUGGAAGUCUGAAACCGAGGUGCCUGCGGGGCUGGUGCACCUGAAGUUCCGAGGUAGAGCCUGUCCCCCCCGCUCUCCUGGAUUCUGCGGGUGUCCUCGGAGGCUCGUGGCUCCGGGAAGUGCUGUCCCAAUUGCUGCCUUCAUGCCUUCAUGUGGCGCCCUCCCUGGGUGUCUGUGCCCGAAUGCCACCGUUCUAGAAGGAUGCCAGGCCUACCCUAAGGAACUCCUUUUUAGCUUGAUCACCUCAUAAAGACCCUGUCUCCAAACCCCGUCCCAUGUGGAGGAUUUCAACAUGUGAACUCUGAGGGGACAUGGUCCGGCCCAUAAUGUUUAGUGACCUGGGCUUGCAACCACUGUCUCGGCUAGUGUAGACACAGGACACGUCCAUCAUCCGAGAAGUUUGGAUAAAGCUCCAAGCACGUGUCCAGGUGCACAAUAAAUUGGGAUAUUUUUAUGUUU